AUGUUUUUAAUUCUUUUGAUUCCCUGUGUAUUUUCUAUAAAGAAGAAUUUAGAGAAGGUUUGGAUUGACACAGGUAAAAAUUUUUGAGAUAAAAUCUAGAUUCUGGAGAUGGUUAAGCAUUAUCAAUAAUUUAUGCUGCUUUUAAUUUUAAUGUUUUAGCAAUUUCAACAAUUUAUGGAAAAACAUCGUAAUUUAAUAUUAUGAAUUAGGGCUGAGAAAGCAGGAGAAAAUGUGUUAAAAAUAACUACAAAUAUAUAAAUGCCUAAUCAUGUUCCUGUAAUUUAAGGAUUAGAUCUUCCAUACAAUAAUCAUUCUUGUGUAAAAUCAUAUAGUGAUGGGAUGUAUCAGGCAAACUUAUUUCCUGACCAUUAAAUUCCAAUUUUCAGUUAAGAUUUAACAAAAGAGCUUAAUAUUUAAAUUGAAUACCGAAGCAAGAAUUCGACUGUAAAAUAUGAUGAUUUAUAUAUUAGUUUACGCUUAUAUUAUUAGGAGCAGCAACAAAUUUUGCUAAACUUCUUUAAAAAUAUCCUGAGAGAAUUAAGAAUAUAGGAAGUGUAAUAAUUGUUGGUGGAGAUACAGAUGGAUGUGAUCCUAACUUUAAUUGUGAUCCAGAAGCAUUAUAAAUAUUAUUAGAAAUUCUUUAAGCCAAUAAAAUUACUAUAACAUUUAUACCAAAAGUUGAUUAGGAAAUUCCAUAAAAAUAUAAAGAUGCUAUGAUAUAAUUUGAUAAAAAAUUAAGUAAUUGGGUCAUAGGAAUGAUAACAUAAAGUUCAUUUUCUUUACAUAAAUGUAAUUAAAAUAAUAUAUAUUAGUAUUGGGAGUCUAUUUUGUAUCUAAUAUGGAUUAAUUUACAAUUGAAAAAUAUGGUGUGGAGGUGGAAGAAAAUAAUAAUUGUAAGGGAUAUGUUAAUUUCUUUGAAACAUCAUUACCAAAUAAGGUUUAAGUUGUAACAUAAAUUAAUUUGGAUAAAUUAUUUAAUAAUUUAGUUUAAGUAAUUGCUAAGGCUUCAAGAGGAGCUUUAAUAAAGGAUGAUUGAAUAUACAUUGUUAAUGAG